CUCUUCUCUUUCUCACAUCUUCACUGAUCAAUGUCAAAGCCGCUCGCGCCGACCAAACGCCUGUCGCCAACGACGUCGCACGAGAGCAGCGUGCUCAACGUCGCUGCGAUGCUGGCAAGCACUCACAUUGACGAUGGCACCGCGUCUGCAGUGUCAUCCAAGCAGCAGCAGGCGACCAUGCGAGUGCUGCACAAGGAGCGCGGCGCUGAAAACGAGCCAACGGCGUCGUCGACCAAGCUCAAACCCAGUUCCGACCGUGCUGGCGAUACCACUUAUCAGGAUGACGAGGACAACUACGACGAUGCGUUCUGCAUGGACGAUGAUGAUGAGGAUGCUGAUGCGCACGCGGAGGCACUCCACCAGCAGGUCGCUGCUCGGCUCCAAGCCAACCUCGCGUCUGUCGCCAACACGAGCAAUGCCGUCGCUGCUGCACCUGCACGCCGCCGCGUCAAGGUCUCCACUGCCGACAUGUGCACCGCUGCCAAUGUUUAUUUCUUGGACUACUAUCGCGACCUGUUCACGUACUUGGCAAAGCGCAAGCAACGCACGGACACGUUGAAAUCGUUCAUUGCGUCGGGCAAGAUGCCGCGCGCGCAAAUUGAAUCGGAAACCGCGCGCCACCGCUCCAAGGAAAGCGACUUUCUGCGCAAGCGCCGCACGCGCAUGCAUCUUGGUGACUUUCAAGUGUAUGCACAGAUUGGCCAAGGAGGCUACGGAUCGGUCUUCCUGGCCCAGAAGAAGGACACGGCCGAAAUCUGCGCAGUGAAAAAGAUGCGCAAGGACGUGCUGAUCGCUCGCGACGAGGUGCACCACAUUCGCAACGAGAGGAACGUUUUGGCAGCCACAAACAGCCCCUGGCUCAUCAAACUGCUGUACUCCUUCCAAGAUCGCUCGGACAUUUACUUUGUCAUGGAGUACAUUCCUGGCGGCGACAUGCGCACGCUGCUGACCCAGUCGGGCAUCCUUCGGCACGAGCAUGCGCGCUUUUACAUCAUGGAGGUUUUGAUGUGUGUUUCCUCGCUGCACCAGCUUGGUUUUAUUCACCGCGACUUGAAGCCAGAAAACUUCCUCGUCGACAGCUCUGGCCACUUGAAGCUGACAGAUUUUGGUCUCGCCAAGGGAACCCUGUCCGAGGCGCACAUUUCAAACAUGCGCGAAAAGCUGGAGGCCGCUCAAAAGUACGCAGAAACACACGAACUCGCAACGCUCCACUUGACCGCCAAGGAGAAGCGCGCCAUGUACCAGUCUGUUCGCAGCGAAGACCGCUCGAAGGCGUACUCGAUUGUCGGCUCGCCCGACUACAUGCCUCCGGAAAUGCUCAAGGGCGAAUCCUACGACCUGCUCGUCGACUAUUGGGCGAUCGGAUGCAUGCUGUUUGAGUUCCUCGCCGGCUACCCGCCGUUCGCUGCACGCACUCUUGAAGAGGUCUGGGCGAACAUUUACAAGUGGGAGCAGACCCUGCAGCGCCCCAUCUACACUGGCGUUGACGAGGAAUUCAACUUGACGGAUAACGCCUGGAGCUUUAUUACCAAGUUGCUUUGCGGUCACCAAGUGCGCUGGUCCCGUCCCUCUCAGAUCAAGGUUCAUCCAUUCUUUGAGAACUCAGACUGGGAUUCACUUCGCGAAUCGACCCCUCCGUUCACCCCAGAGCUCAAGGACAAGUUGGACGUGUCGUACUUUGACAAGUUUGAUCCUGCCGACAUUGACACGACCACGCCCUCGUCUGCAAGCCCAAGCGAAGGCGAGGCCCAUCUGUUUGCUGGCGUGACUUUCAAGGGACGCAAGGGCAAGCACUUUGACGUGCCUGCUCCUUCCUCGUUUGCGAGCUCGUAAUAAUGAAAUGAGCUGCGUUGAGCGUGCCGAGCGUGAAUGGAAUGGGGGUUUUUUUUUGUUGAGAUUGAGUUGGUUGCCACGAUGCUUUUGGUGUCUUGUAUUUUUAUCUCGUCUAGUCGAAAUCAUAAAAUGUAUUUGUAUCCAGU